GGGAGCUUGAAGAGGAAGGAUAGCGGAUUCAGCGCUGGAUCUUCGAAUAGUGGGGUCGAUGUUGUCGAUGGUUUUGCAGCCUCUCCUGCUGCUCAAGUUAGUAAUUGGAUGGCGCAGCCUUUGUCGCAGUUUCCACCAUUGCCACCGGCUUACCAACAAGCUUUUGGGUAUAAUUUGAGUCCAGUGACAAGCCAAGAGGCGGGGAUGAGAGUGGAUGACUGUUAUAUGUGUGAGAAAAUGUUGCCUCAUUCUCAUUCAGAUACAUUAGUGUCGCCAAAUAUCGGGAGUGGAUCACCAGGGAGCGUGAUGAGCCCAGUGUUUUAUAGUCAGCAAUCGGAGGAUGCUAUGAAAUCUAGGGCAUUGCCUCAAAUUUUGGGUGAGAGUCAAUUGGGAGGUUAUGGGUUUUCACAGGUUAGUGAUGCACACUAUCAAGGAGAGAGACCAUUUGUUCAGAAGAUGGAGAAUGUGGAUCAAGCUAGGGUUUUUGUUCCUCCGAGUACACAGCAAUCUCCUUAUAGUUUCUUUGGGAAUUUCCCACAGUCUAGACAGCAGGAUCCUCAAGUGCAGCAACAGCAGAAGUGGCAGCAGCAAAAUGCGGUCUCAUCUCAUUAUCCUGUUAAGCCCAAAGCCAUCGCUAGACCCAUGCCUACUGGUAAAGAUUUAGGUUCAGCUAGGAAUAUCGAGGGACCACCUGAAUUUGCUAACGAAUACAUUAGGCCUAUCAAUGGAAUGAUGGAGGGGCUUCAUUUGAAUGCGACAACUACUUCAGGGUUUAAUGGACUGGGGAAUGUGAUGUUGCCGAAUAGCUCACCUUUGGUUGUGGAUGGAGUUUACAAAUAUGUGCCACAAGUUGGAAAUGUAAUGUUGCAAGGUAGGCCAUUAGCUAAUGUUGGAGUUCAAGAGAGAAGCUAUGUUAGGCCUAACGAUCAACUCUCAACAAAUACUUCAGAUUUUGGUCACAUGCAAAAUUUCCCAGUUGUUGAUCCUGGUCAAGCAUUAGUCAUGGCAGGAAACCAGGACCCAUUUCCUCAACAUCUAGGCAUAAGAGAACCACCGAUUCCUAGUGAAGGUUUGCUUGCUAUGCCAGGAUAUACUACCGAUAUUGAUCCUGCUUACAAUGAUAGACUAAUCAAUAAGAUACCCAUUAGGGAGACAGGGGAUGAUUCCAAUCAGUUACACUUUGAUCACCUUGGUGUGUCUCAGAGUGAAAAUGUUCCAUUUGGGAUAUCAAAUACUACCAGUCCUACUGGGCUUGUUGAGACAUUUCUAGAACCAGCUCCCACAGACUCGCUUUUCUGCAACCAGGACCCUAGGAAAAUCUUAGGUGGUGCUAAUCCACUGCCUCCAAAACCUAGAAAGGUGGCUAGCAGAGAAUCCAUUGCUCCGAAGGAUUCGGGUGUUCAGGUUCAUUUAGGAAAUAGCACUGAGUCAGAGAUAAUUGCGCUGCUUGAGGAAGGUGGACUUCACCCCUCUCCUGACUCCCUAAAGAAGGAGUCCCAUUAUCGGCAACCAGCAAAAGGGGAGGACCAAAUCAAACAAGAUUUGCAGGCUGUUGCUGAGGGUGUAGCAUCUUCUGUUCUUAAUUCAUCUACUCCUCCUGUUUUCUUUGAUCAUGAUGCAAAUAAAGUUAACAUAGAAUUUAGGGAUGAAAGGAAGACUGCUGAGGGUGAGGGUAACGCGGAGCUACAAAGAGCAUUAGCUUCCUCUGAUAGAAAAAUAGAGGAUAACAAGCCCAAGGCUGGCCUUCACAUUGCAGAUGACAUUGGACGGCUGCAGAUAAUAAAGAACAGUGAUCUUGAGGAAUUGCGAGAACUUGGGUCUGGAACCUUUGGAACUGUUUAUCAUGCGAAGUGGAGAGGAACUGAUGUUGCAAUAAAGAGAAUCAAUGAUAGGUGCUUUGCUGGGAAGCCUUCAGAACAAGAAAAAAUGAGGGCUGACUUUUGGAAUGAGGCCGGAAAACUUGCUGAUUUGCAUCAUCCAAAUGUCGUGGCGUUUUAUGGAGUUGUCUUGGAUGGCCCUGGUGGUUCUGUUGCGACAGUAACUGAGUACAUGGUUAAUGGUUCUCUACGAACUGCUUUACAAAGGAAUAACAAGAUGCUUGACCAGCAUAAGCGCCUCUUAAUAGCGAUGGAUGUUGCAUUUGGAAUGGAGUACUUGCAUGGUAGGAACAUUGUACACUUUGACUUGAAAAGUGACAAUUUGCUUGUUAAUUUGAGGGAUCCUCAACGUCCUAUAUGCAAGGUUGGUGAUUUAGGCCUAUCCAAAGUGAAGUGUCAGACCCUCAUCUCUGGUGGAGUACGAGGAACUCUUCCAUGGAUGGCUCCCGAGCUUCUGAAUGGCAUCAGUAGCCUCGUUUCUGAAAAGGUUGAUGUUUUCUCCUUUGGGAUUGUGUUGUGGGAGCUCCUUACCGGGGAAGAACCAUAUGCUGACUUGCACUAUGGAGCAAUUAUAGGUGGAAUUGUGAGCAAUACAUUACGACCCCCAGUGCCCGAGCCUUGUGGCCCUGAGUGGAGAGCUUUGAUGGAGAAAUGCUGGUCCGCUGACCCAUCAGAAAGGCCAAGCUUCACUGAGGUUGCGGAGAUGCUGCGGUCAAUCGCAGCCUCUCUUCCACAAAAGGGGCAGAAAUGAUGUGUCUUGUUUUCUAUCUGUUCUCUAUAAUACGAUGAAAUUAAAAAGAUCCCGAUGAGCAAAAACCUAAUAAUGAUGGGGAAGAAACUAGUUUAUCAGAAGGAUAUGGGCUUUGUGAACCAAUUAGUGUUAGUUUGGACAGUGAAAAUACUUGAUGUUGUUUGUAAAUUACAAGUUCUCCCAACUGUAUCUCGUGUAUCUGGAAAAAGGAUGGGAAACUUUUGUAGAAAGAAGAAAGUGUAGUCCUAAGCAAGUGGUUGUAAAAAACAUUUGGACAGUAAAUUAUGUCAAAAUGCUUACAAAGGUAAUUGAUCUUUGGUGGUAAAUAUUUUGUUUUCU